GGCUCGCUGGGGGGAAAGAGCGGAGGGGCUGCCGCUGCUGCUGCCGCUGCGACUACGCUGAGUAAGCGUGCGACGCUCCCGCCGCCCUUUGCUGAUCGCCAGCACCGAGCACCAUUUUUCGCCGUUCCUUUUUCCUUUGGCACCGGGCAGUAGGCGAGAGGCCCGGGCUUUGGGGCUGGGGGUGCCCUUGCAACCUUGCUUUGGUUGGAGGAAGGGGGGAGAACCCUUAAUUCUUAUUUUUUUAAAAAAAGUGUUGAAGGUUCAACAUGUCUGACAGGAAGGCUGUGAUCAAGAAUGCGGACAUGUCCGAGGACAUGCAGCAGGAUGCUGUGGACUGCGCCACGCAGGCCAUGGAGAAGUACAACAUAGAGAAGGAUAUUGCCGCAUACAUCAAGAAGGAAUUUGACAAGAAAUACAACCCCACUUGGCACUGCAUCGUGGGCAGGAAUUUCGGCAGUUACGUAACGCACGAGACGAAACAUUUCAUCUAUUUCUACUUGGGCCAGGUUGCAAUUCUCCUCUUCAAGUCAGGCUAGGAGGUGGGCAGUGGUGGGGUAACAACGGCACGCGAGGAACACGGACUGUUAGUGAACUGAAGACGGGAGGUUCAGCUUCCCUUACCAUGGCUGCACCGCUGCAUGGACUGUAUACUAUAUUUAAUGUGUAUAUGUUGCAGUUAAAAAACCCCUACAGUUCUUUUUGCUUUGGUCACCUGGGGAAAGAAAGGCAGUGACUUGUUUUUCCCUUUAGUUUUCAAUUACUGCUUUUUUUUUUUUUUGCUUUUUUUUUCCUUUUGCACUAGGAGAACUGUCAAAUGUUUCAACCAUGGCCUUUAAGUGCGAAGAGCUAAUAAAUUAAAAACGAGAAGUCCACAACAAACAUCCUUUGGCUUAACUUUCUUGGAAAAAGUCUUGAAGCUGAACUUGAGCAGACAAUUAAAAAGAUAAAAAUACCAUUGGAAGGGUACCCAAAGCUAAAGUCUAAAGUGUCUAAAGUGAGGUACCCAAAGCUUUUUUUUUUUUAAAGAAAUCCUGCCAGACAUUCUCUCCCAAAGACUACCUUAUUCUCUUGCAAAGUCACCUUAGUCAUGAAAGGGGUAGCAGCUACUCUAAAGGGUCACCUACUCUCUCCAGUUUGCCCAAUAUUGUCUCCAGUAGAGCUUGGGAAAACAAAGCUGGUAAUUUAGCUGUAAAAUAGAAUUAGGGUAUAAAUAGCAUCCUGACAUGUGCUUUUGGCCUGAUCCUCCAUAUGUUCUUUCUGCCCACACACCCACAGCAAUUUCAAGGAAAAGUACUCUGUGUAUGGAGUAUCGCCUGGCCACUCCUCUCAUGAUCAUUGCAGUCUGGUCUCUUUCCUAUCCUUGUUCUGAUGCGUCGUUGCCUUAUUGUGGUUUGCUUCCAAUCGUUGCUUUGUGGGCAAGGUGCCCAAAAUUGGUGGCUUGGUUUUGCAGUCUUUGUCUUUACUGGAGACAAUCAUGAUCCCCAAAUUCUUUUUCUGUGGUUACUCUACCCCACCCCCUGCCCCAAAUGCUUCAGCAUCUUUGAAAGUAGUUGUGCAAAGAUCCCGCAACCCGAAACUGCAGAUAAGUGUCUUCAUGGGGCUUUCUUAACAUUUCUAGUGUAGUCUUCUAUUUCAGCUCUAUUGUGAAGAACUGUCAGGCUGUUUCCCUUUUUCUCGCCCACCCUCAGGGUUAUCCUUGAAAUCCAGUGAUGGCGUUUGUCAAAUCUCUGGUUCCUUCUGCAGUUAAAGAACCUACAAAUUGACACCAGGGCUGGAGUGACCGUUUCCUUUGCCCUCUCCCAGACCAGCCAAACACGCAGUCAGUGGCUUAAUAUUGACUUCAGGGCGUGGAUUGUAACCAUGUCAGCAUCUGUCCGUGCUUGUGUGCCUUUGGGAUCAGUAGGAAGGGAAGCAUAACCCCCCUCCCCCAUUAAAAUAAUCUUUUUCUCUGACUGCAAAUAACUAGGAAAACCCCAGCUAUCUCUCUGAAGAACGAACAAGUUCAUGUGUCUGUGCAAAAUCGAAAGUAUGCCUAAACUUUGUACAAAAUCUCAGUAGAACCAUAGAGGUUGGUGUUGCUGUUGUAUUUCAUGUUAUCCGGCGUCUCCCAUCUAACAGGAUUGAGGGCGUGGGAUGGGAGGAAGGCCCGACAAGGUGCCUUCGGUGACACGGGAGCAUGGUGGAGGUUGUGUUCAUACAGGUCUGAACAAAGAGAAUGUCAGUUGGUUUCUUUUUUUUCUCUUCCUGACCCCCCACCCAUGCAUGAGUCCGUGAAAAUGCUCACACUUCAUGGAGCACAAAAACAAAAUUUUCCUUCUUAACCGCAGUUGCUCAAGAUAGACCUUUUUAUUUUUUUGAAAACAUUAAAAAGGAAUUGACACAUUUAA